GUUUAUGUUUUAAGUCUGCACUUUCCAGGAUCAAUCGAAAGCAAUUUGUAAACAAGCAAGUGUGUGUUUUUAAAAAAUAGCGGCGAUUCAAAAUGAAAUACCGGAAUCUGUGUUUAGUGCUCGUCGCAUUGGCGAUUGAUGGUGUUUUCGCUGACAUGUCGGAUGUGCGGUCCGUAUUUAGUUCGUUUUUUUCGCACGACCAAGUCCAAGCACCGGUUGAAAAUAGUGUCGAUGAAACACCCCAGACUCACCCUCAGGUGGCGGGUUUUCCAGUGACUGAAACUGAGUUUACGAAAAUUCGUAUAGAAUACAUCAAAAACCAAAUUUUAAAAAAACUCAGGCUCAAGGAGAAACCUACCGUGGCGGUUGGAAAGCUUCCUAAACCUGUUAAGGAGUACGAAAAUUUCUUACCGGAUCAAGACAUAAACCUCCAAAGCAGUUACUCAGACGACUUUUACGGGAAAACCACCCAGGCUAUUAUCUUCCCCUAUGAAGACGAGGCGAAAUGUUUGAGAAAAGUCAGGUUUCCCUCUGCCUGCCUUCCUUUUCAAAUGCCGACCGAUAUUCACACUUCGGAUGUUAGUACUGCGGAAUUGUGGUUUCACAAGAAAAGGGACAGUAUGGAUUCCCACAAUCAAACUUUCGUCAUAUCGGAAGUCGCCCACUGGGACAGCAAUAAAAGCUUUCAGAAAACCAAACCCAUUGCCAUUCAAGAAACCAGUAUGACAGAGGGCUGGUUGAAGGUCGACGUUACUUACGUAGUAAAAAACUGGUUGGCGUACCAAGAUUCCCCAACGCACGCCGUCAACGUGGUCUGCAAAACAUGCGGUAUGUCAAAAUCCCAGUCCCCAAUAUCGUUCGCGAGCGAACUAAAGCCUUUCCUGGUUAUCUACACCCACUCUCAGCAAAGGAGGACCCUAACUCACAGGAGGCCGAAACGGUCGACGAACUGCGGUCCUGGCAUCAACGAAUGUUGCAGGGAGAGCCUUUACAUUUCCUUCGCCGACAUCGGCUGGGACGACUGGAUCAUCAAGCCCGAAGGGUACAACGCCUAUUUCUGCAGGGGAUCCUGUAUGACCGCGUCCGCAAUGACCCUCAGUGCUACGCAACAUAACAGCAUAUUACAGAAGGUGAUGUAUGGGCAAAAUAAGCACCGAGGAUCCCGACCGGAGCUGACGCCCUGCUGCGCGGCGACGCAGUUCCAGCCCUUGCAGUUAGUUUACAUGCACAGCAACAAAACUUUGACGACGAAACUUUUGUCUAACAUGAUCGUAGAGGCCUGCGGGUGCAUGUGAAUCGUAUGAAUUACGUAGGCGUGAUAGUUUCUUGGCAGUAUUUUGACUCUAGUGAUAUCCGGAGGUCCGAGAACGUUUCAUUUCUGGACGUUCCGGGUUUAAUUGUUGAUAUAUUGUGAUCCGUUAGGAGCUUCCGUUUUAGCGAAGGGCGCCUGCGGAAGAGAUUGUAAUUUGUAAACGGUGGUAUACCCUUGCAGGAAUUACAUAAGUCCUACAUUAAGUCGUUUACUUUUAGAAUAGCGAAAGUGAAAGAGCGGUAAUUUAUUUUUAUUUUAUGUACGGGUAUGUAAUUUUUGAAAAAUACUUAAAAACUUAGUCAAUUAUUAGGCGAUGAAAUUGUGAGUGAUAUUAGAUUUUAUAGGUAAUGUUCGUAUGUGUGUUUUUAAUUUAUUAUUGUUUGUAUUA